CACAGCUCACACGCCAGCACUUGAUUUUCGGCAUUCCAUUUAUCCCAUAGUUUCGUGCGGUCUGGGCUGUGAGUCAAGAGUCAGUCAGCAUAUCGAUAAGGUGAAUCUAAGCGGAAUCCUCGCAAUGACAGGACAUCACUGGGGAUACGGAGAGGAGGACGGUAAGUAAACCUACCAACCUGAGAGAGCAUCACUAUGUAGGCUACUGUAGAACACACGGCAUCUCAGCGCUGACCUUGUUUGGGGACGCUCGUGCGCUGCGAGUGACUGCAUUUGUCUCUGCAAGACUGAAUGAAUAUUUGAUUAAAUACUUUUCUAUUGGCAAUAGGCUAUAAUCACAUCCAUGUUUUGAACAAUGUCGCCUAGGACCUUAUUAUUAAGAAGCGACAGGUGACUGAUUGGCUUCUAAAAAAAAUAAAAUCUUGUUUGCUACCUUCUGGGUGGAGAUCUCGCAGGGAUAUUCUCAGACAGUAGUGCUAACUUUGAGAGAUACAGUAAAUGUUAAUACGAGAUUAGCCCAAUUAUCCUUAUCCUGCAUGUCACCUUAUUUAGCCUCAAUUCAACUAGCAGGUUAUAGCAAGUCUGAGUUCUAGGAGAGUCUAUCAGAAUUGUAAAGGGACAGAGACCCAUGAUCAGUGUGUUGAUUGAUGCAGCAACCUAGAAAGUUAUGUCCUGGUGUGAAAUUGAGAAUGUCAUGUUUUUCUUCUGAGUUUUCUUCUAAGUUUUUGUAAAAUGGUGAAUGAAUGGAUCUGAUCUCCUUUCUUUACAUUCUGUCAUGUCCAGCUCUGACUAUCUUUGUUUCUAAGGUCCAGAUGCAUGGCACAAAGACUACCCAAUCGCCCAGGGCAAUCGCCAGUCUCCCAUAGACAUAGUUCCUGAGGAGACUGUAUACGAUGCCACCCUUCCUCCCAUAUUCGUCUCCUACGACCACUGCAACUCAAUCAACAUCUGCAACAACGGCCACUCUGUGACCGUGGAGUUUGAUGACACCGAUGACAAAACAGGUAACAGCAACAGAGGGGAAGAGAUCUCUAUAGACCAUAUAAUCAUCUCUGAGUGGAAACCCUCUCUCACAGAGGAAAUGCAAACAGAAAUACAAGCAAUAUUGAGAUGCAGUGUUGUUUCAGAUUCGAUCAUCGACCCUUCAACUUUGACUGAGUGUGAAAGUCAGCCAGCCCAGGAGGUAUUUAUCACUGAUGUACAGUGCCUUCGGAAAGUAUUCAGACCCCUCGACAUUUUUCCACAUUUUGUUACGUUACAGCCUUAUUCUAAAAUGUAUUAAAAAUAUAAAAGAUCCUCAGCAAUCUACACACAAUACCCCAUAAUGACAAAGCGAAAACAGGUUUUUAGAAAAUGUUGCACAUUUAUAAAAAAUACAAAACAGAAAUACCUUAAAUUCCGUAAGUAUUCAGACCUUUUCCUAUGAGGCUCUAAAUUGAGCUCAGGUGCAUCCUGUUUACAUUGAUCAUCCUUGAUGUUUCUACAACUUGAUUGGAGUCCACCUGUGGUAAAUUCAAUUGACUGGACAUGAUUUGGAAAGGUACACACGUGUCUAUAUAAGGUCCCACAGUUGACAGGGCAUGUCAGAGCAAAAACCAAACCAUGAGGUCGAAAGAAUGGUUCUUAGAGCACCGAGACAGGAUUGUGUCGAGGCACAGAUCUGGGGAAAGGUACCAACACAUUUCUGCAGCAUUGAAGGUCCCCAAGAACACAGUGGCCUCCAUCAUUCUUAAAUGGAAUAACUUUGGAACAACCAAGACUCUUUCUAGAGCUGGCUUCCCGGCCAAACUGAGCAAUCGGGGGAGAAGGGCCUAAAUGACUACCGACCCGUAGCACUCACGUCUGUAGCCAUGAAGUGCUUUAAAAGGCUGGUCAUGGCUCACAUCAACACCAUUAUCCCAGAAACCCUAUACCCACUCCAAUUUGCAUACCGCCCCAACAGAUCCACAGAUGAUGCAAUCUCUAUUGCACUCCACACUGCCCUUUCCCACCUGGACAAGAGGAACACUUACGUGAGAAUACUAUUCAUUGACUACAGCUCAGCGUUCAACACCAUAGUGCCCUCAAAGCUCAUCACUAAGCUAAGGACCCUGGGACUAAACACCUUCCUCUGCAACUGGGUCCUGGACUUCCUGACGGGCCGCCCCCAGGUGGUAAGGGUAGGUAGCAACAUAUCUGCCACGCUGAUUCUCAACACGGGGGCCCCUCAGGGGUGCGUGCUCAGUCCCCUCCUGUACUCCCUGUUCACCCAUGACUGCAUGGCCAAACACGACUUCAACACCAUCAUUAAGCUUGCCGACGACACAACAGUGGUAGGCCUGAUCACCGACAACGAUGGUACAGCCUAUAGGGAGGAGGUCAGAGACCUGGCCGUGUGGUGCCAGGAUAACAACCUCUCCCUCAACGUGAUCAAGACAAAGGAGAUGAUCGUGGACUACAGGGAAAAAUAAGAGGACUGAGCACGCCCCCAUUCUCAUCGACGGGGCUGUAGUGGAACAGGUUGAGAGCUUCAAGUUCCUUUGUGUCCACAUCACCAACAAACUAUCAUGGUCCAAACACACCAAGACAGUUGUGAAGAGGGCAUGGACAAAGCCUAUUCCCCCUCAGGAGACAGAAAAGAUUUGGCAUGGGUCCUCAGAUCCUCAAAAAGUUAUACAGCUGCACCAUCGAGAGCAUCCUGACUGGUUGCAUCGCUGCCUGGUAUGGCAACUAUUCGGCCUCCGACAGCAAGGCGCUACAGAGGGUAGUGUGUGCGGUCCAGUACAUCACUGGGGCCAAGCUUCCUGCCAUCCAGGACCUCUAUACCAGGCAGUGUCAGAGGAAGGCCCUACAAAUUGUCAAAGACUCCAGCCACCCAAGUCCUAGACUGUUCUCUCUGCUACCGCACGGCAAGCGGUACCGGAGCGCCAAGUCUAGGUCCAAAAGGCUUCUUAACAGCUUCUACCCCCAAGCCAUAAGACUCCUGAACAGCUAAUCAUGGCUACCCGGACUAUUUGAAUUGCCCCUCCACCCCAACCCCCUCUUUUACGCUUCUGCUACUCUGUUUAUUAUUUAUGCAUAGUCACUUUAACUCUACCCACAUGUACAUAUUACCUUAAUUACCUCGACUAACCGGUGCCCCCGCACCUUGACUCUGUACCGGUACCCCCUGUAUAUAGCCUCCCUACUGUUAUUUUAUUUUACUGCUGCUCUUUAAUUAUUUGCUAUUUUUUACUUAACACUUAUUUUUUUCUUAACUGCAUUGUUGGUUAAGGGCUUGUAAGUAUGCAUUUCACUGUAAGGUCUACACCUGUUGUAUUCGGCGCAUGUGGCAAAUACAAUUUGAUUUGAUUUGGUCAGGGAGGUGACCAAGAACCCGAUGGUCACUCUGACAGAGCUCUAGAGUUCCUCUGUGGAGAUGGGAGAACCUUCCAGAAGGACAACCAUCUCUGCAGAACUCCACCAAUCAGGCCUUUAUGGUAGAGUGGCCAGAUGGAAGCCACUCCUCAGUAAAAGGCACAUGACAGCCCGCUUGGAGUUUGCCAAAAGGCACCUGAAGACUCUGAAGAUUUAACUUUUUGGCCUGAAUGUCAAGUGUCAAGUCUGGAGGAAACCUGGCACCAUCCCUACGGUGAAACAUGGUGGUGGCAGCAUCAUCCUGUGCGGAUGUAUUUCAGCAGCAGGGACUGGGAGACUAGUCAGGAUCAAGGGAAAGAUGAACAGAGCAAAGUACAGAGAGAUCAUUGAUUAAAAACCUGCUCCAGAGCGCUCAGGACCUCAGACUGGGGUGAAGGUUCAACUUCCAACACAACAACGACCCUAAGUACACAGCCAAAACAACGAAGGAGUGGCUUCGGGACAAGUCUCUGAAUGUCCUUGAGUGGCCUAGCCAGAGCCCGGACUUGAACCCGAUCAAACCCCUCUGGAGAGACCUGGAUAUAGCUGUGCAGCAACGCUCCCCAUCGAACCUGACAGAGCUUGAGAGGAUCUGCAGAGAGGAAUCACUAAGCUAAGGAUCCUGGGACUAAACACCUCCCUCUGCAACUGGAUCCUGGACUUCCUGACGGGCCGCCCCCAGGUGGUAAGGGUAGGUAACAACACAUCUGCCACAUUGAUCCUCAACACGGGGGCACCUCAGGGGUGCGUGCUCAGUCCCCUCCUGUACUCUCUGUUCACCCAUGACUGCAUGGCCAGGCACGACUCCAACAAUAUCAUUAAGUUUGCAGACGACACAACAGUGGUAGGCCUGAUCACCGACAACGAUGAGACAGCCUAUAGGGAGGAGGUCAGAGACCUGGCCGUGUGGUGCCAGGACAACAACCUCUCCCUCAACGUGACCAAGACAAAGGAGAUGAUUGUGGACUACAGCAAAGAAAAGAGGACUGAGCACGCCACCAUUCUCAUCGACGGGGCUGUAGUGGAACAGGUUGAGAGCUUCAAGUUCCUUGGUGUCCACAUCACCAACGAACUAUCAUGGUCCAAACACACCAAGACAGUCGUGAAGAGGGCACGACAAAGCCUAUUUCCCCUCAGGAGACUGAAAAGAUUUGGCAUGGGUCCUCAGAUCCUCAAAAAAUUCUACAGCUGCACCAUCGAGAGCAUCCUGACUGGUUGCAUCACCGCCUGGUAUGGCAACUGCUUGGCCUCCGACCGCAAGGCACUACAGAGGGUAGUGCGUACGGCCCAGUACAUCACUGGGGCCAAGCUUCCUGCCAUCCAGGACCUCUAUACCAGGCGGUGUCAGAGGAAGGCCCUCAAAAUUGUCAAAGACUCCAGCCACCCUAGUCAUAGACUGUUCUCUCUGCUACCGCACGGCAAGCGGUACCGGAGUGCCAAGUCUAGGUCCAAAAGACUUCUCAACAGCUUCUACCCCCAAGCCAUAAGACUCCUGAACAGCUAAUCAUGGCUACCCAGACUAUUUGCACUGCCCCCCCACCCCAUCCUUUUUACGCUGCUGCUACUCUGUUCAUUAUUUAUGCAUAGUCACUUUAACUCUACCCACAUGUACAUAUUACUUCAACUACCUCAACUAGCCGGUGCCCCCGCACAUUGACUCUGCACCGGUACCCCCCUGUAUAUAUAGCCUCCCUACUGUUAUUUUAUUUUACUUCUGCUCUUUUUUUCUCAACACUUUUUUUGUUGUUGUUUUAUUUGUACUUUUUUUGUUAAAAAUAAAUGCACUGUUGGUGAAGGGCUGUAAGUAAGCAUUUCACUGUAAUGUCUGCACCUGUUGUAUUCGGCGCAUGUGACCAAUACAAUUUGAUUUGAUUUGAAUGGGAGAAACUCCCCAAAUACAGGUGUGCCAAGCUUGUAGCAUCCUACCCAAGAAGAAUCGAGGCUGUAAUCGCUGCCAAAGGUGCUUCAACAAAGUACUGAGUAAAGGGUCUGAAUACUUAAGCAAAUGUGAUAUUUUUUAUUUUUAGUACAUUUGCAAACAUUUCUAAAAACCUGUUUUUGCUUUGUCAUUAUUGGAUAUUGUGUGUAGAUUGAUGAGAGGGGAAAAAAAUAAUUUAGUCAAUUUUAGAAUAAGGCUGUAACGUAACAAUGUGGAAAAAGUUAAGGGGUCUGAAUACUUUCUGAAUGCACUGUAUAUCACUGUGGCGGGUGGGUGGUUGUUUCUGGGCACCUCUAUCACUCAUCACUUUGACAUUAACCAACACAACCACUGUAUUGGUAAGGGGACACCAUUAUGUUAUGGGUACUGUGUAGUAGUACUAUCAUGCUAUAACCACCACCCUUGCAUGCACAUGUGACACUUUUAUAUAGUGGAUGCAAUUCUACCUACGUAUGCAGAUCAAUUCUUUAUUACAAAGGUUAGCUUACACUUUGCAUGGUCUUAGUCAGUGUUGUUGUGUUUAUGCUUCAAAGUUCACUGACACCAGAUUCUCCACCUUCGUCCAUUCUGAGCAGUGUAGUAGGUUGUGGAAGCCUAAUGCCCUAAAUUAUACAGCAUUUACUUUUAUUGCCAGGAAACCUCAACUGUUCAAUAUUAUCCAUUCAAAAUAUGUUUUGGAUUUGCGCACUCAAUCACAACCACCAUCAAAACGUGGUUGAUGGAUAGACCACCUAAAUUUGUAUAUCAUUAAGGCCACUCCUACUGGACUGUAUGAUUCAGUGAGAUGUGUUUUGGUGGAUAUAGUGAAGCCAGUAUUUAACUGUAGGAGUGUCUGUCUGCCAGAGCAGACAUCUGACCACAUCAGGUAAUCUUCAGGGUUGUGUCAUAUCUGUUUUUAAACUGACAGUCCAAGUAAACAAAGUCAUAGACAAAUGAAAAAUGGGGAGAGCUGCUUUGCUUCUGUGGCAUCAAAAGGUCAUUGGAACCAAGGGUCUGAAGAGAAUGACAACCAAAUAAGUUGAGGCUUGUAUCUUGAAAAGUGGUCAAACUGAAAGCCUACAAAAAAAAGGCGUUCUACCUCAAUUACCUCAUACCCCUGCACAUGGACUCAGUCCUGGUACCCUGUGUAUAUAGCCAAGUUAUCAUGGACUCAGUACUGGUACCCUUUGUAUAUAGCCAAGUUAUCAUGGACUCAGUACUGGUACCCUGUGUAUAUAGCCAAGUUAUCAUGGACUCAGUACUGGUACCCUGUGUAUAUAAUGGACUCAGUACUGGUACCCUGUGUAUAUAGCCAAGUUAUCGUUACUCAUUGUGGAUUUUUCCCUUGUUAUUAUAUUUCUAUAUUUUUCUCUGAAUUGUUGGGAAGGGCCCAUAAGCAAGCAUUUCACUGUUAGUCUACACCAGUUGUUUACGAAGCAUGUGACAAAUUCAUUUGAUUUGAAAAAGGCCCUCCUCAAAAGGAAAAUACAAGCCACAACUGAUUUUGUUUUCAGUCUUAAAGUGUGGCUGUUUGGCUAAGGUGCAGAUCACUAUGAAAACAAAUUCACAGAAACCAAACAAAGAAGUUCCAUUCUGCAUGACAUGGUCUUUUGAUGGAUAGGAUUCCCUAUCCUUUCACCAUCAGGGACUGUUUGGAAGUUUCACACCUAGGCAUGCCCAUUUGUCCUGUUUCCUUUUUGUGGUUGUGUCCUCUCUCGUGUGUGUGUGUGAGUGUACCUUUUGUACAUGUGUGUACAUGCCUAGUGUAUCAUUAACUCAGGAAAUGUAUGAACAUGCUCUAAAGCACACAUUACCCAGGUGCCACAUUAUCUUAUCCACCCAACCAUUUCAUGCGGAUGAAUUAUUUGACGCAUGAAAAAAGUCACAACCGGUCUGAUGGAAACAGAAAUGCAGGUACAAUUUUAUAAAUGUCAACAGACAAUUGGCGGUGGAAACGCCUUUGCGCAAACAUCGAUAUAAUAACCAUCAUAUCGACGCAAACUUGGAGUCACGCGAUGAUAUGUUGUGUGGUACUCCCACUACGACUCAGGAAAGCAUGCAGUUUAUUAGGCUACUGAUGAAGUAAGUUAUGAUGAACAUCACAGGGUGGUGAAAGUGCACAGUGAUGAGCUUGAUUAGGGUUGCAAAGCUACUGGUAGUUUACCAAAGUUACCGGAAUCUUCAGAAAUGUUGGUAAAUAACAGAAAAUACAGUGCAUUCGGAAAGUAUUCAGACCCCUUGACUUUUUGACAAUGAGGGGAGAAGGGCCUUGGUCAGGGAGAUGGUCACUCUGACAGAGCUCCAGAGUUCCUCUGUAGAGAUGGGAGAACCUUCCAGAAGGACAACCAUCUCUGCAGCACUCCACCAAUCAGGCCUUUAUGGUAGAGUGGCCAGACGGAAGCCACUCCUCAGUAAAAGGCACAUGACAAAAUGUGGAAAAAGUCAAGGGGUCUGAAUACUUUCCGAAUGCACUGUAUAUGCCAAUCUAUUGUAAUUUUUACUUGAAUACGUUUUUUUUAAAAAUUGUGUGUUUAUGUAUAUAUAUAUAUAUAUAUAUAUGUAUUUAAAAAAUAUAUCGGUCUCCAUAUUGUCCAUUAAUUGCUAGUAGAUAGACCAUAUGGUUCAAGAGAAAAUAGCCUAAUUAAUAAAAAAAGCAUCUAAUCAACAAUGUUUUUACAACUGCCACCAGUUUGACAACAAAUACAUUGACAACAAAUACAUUGACAACAAAUACACACUGACAUAGCAAAAUAAAUGUGUAAAAACAAAUAUAAAGGAUAUUUCAUGCUGAAACCCUCACAUUUUAACACCAAUGGUAUUCACUAAGCUGAUGGUUUAUAUUUAGGAUAAUGUUUUACAGCUGUCAUUGUUUUAUUUGAAAAUCUUAUUGAAUUAUUUCAUAUAUUUUACAUGUGAUAAGGCCACACAGAGGGCCAGAGAUAAUUAGACACCAAAAAAAAUCUGAAGUACCCAAAAGGGCCAGUAGUUGUCUUGUGAUAGAUUACAUAAAAUCCUUGCAAGAUUCACCAAUUCUGGUAGUUUACUGGUAAUAUACCUUGCCUUUGCAACACUAAGCUUGAUGCUCCUUUCCAAUAAAUAUCGAGGGUCUUAUUCUGGUGACGUGAUGAUCGAUGCUAGGCUGCCCUUUGACAAAUAAAAAUAAUCUCGCUCUUAUCCAUAAUAAUCUCAUGUAGGUAGACUACCAGCACUGUGUCUGCCAGCUGUUGGCUAGAGCACACGUGCCAAGACCAGAGUGGGCACAUUUAGCUAUAUAAUGCAACAGUUUUUGUGACAAAACCAUCAGUAGAGUUGAAAAUGCGAUGGAAACCCAUUUAACUUGUAUUUUUUAUUUGGUACAGGGGAAUUUAGCCGCAAAAGUAUUUUUAUGUGCAAUACGUCAUCACUCACACAAUAAGUCUGUUUGAUGGAAACUCAUCUCUGGUGGGAAAAUGAUUUUAGAAUAUUAACAUAAAAAUCUGUCACCAAUUAGAUGGAAGGAAACCUCGCUUGUGACACCGCUCUCUGGCAUUCUCUUCAUCUGCCAUCACAAAUCAUUUUUUUAACUUACUGCCCUGGCCUCCCUGGAACUCUUCAGUAAAGCAAAAAUUAUCCUAAACUGUCACUAGCAGAGCCCAGCCCAGACACUGUAUAUCCUGGGGACCUUAUCUUCAGCACCACCCCUAUUAGAUUACAGUUAGUGACAGGACAAAUCCUCAGCAAAUCAGGACGCACGGUCAAAAUAAACUGAAUUUGUCUUAUACAUUUUAGUCAUUUAGCAGACACUCUUAUCCAGAGCGACUUACAGUUAGUGAGUGCAUACAUUAUAAUUUUUUAUUUUGCAUACUGGCCCCGCGUGGGAAUCGAACCCACAACCCUGGCGUUGCAAACGCCAUGCUCUACCAACUGAGCUACAUCCCUGCCGGCCAUUCCCUCCCCUACCCUGGACGACGCUGGGCCAAUUGUGCGCCGCCCUAUGGGUCUCCCGGUCACGGCCGGCUACGACAGAGCCUGGAUUCGAACCAGGAUCUGCCUUAGACCACUGCGCCACUCGGGAGAGUGGUAAGGUAUUCACGAAGACAUGCAGUUGUUGUAAUACAGUACCUGUUUAGCCAAAUGCUCUCUAGUACUGUAGGUAGACAGUUAUUAGGGAGAGUAGUAAACAGUGUGGUUGUGGGGCAAGGCGCCUUAUGUGUCUGUCGGUGUCAUCUGUCUGUAUCAGCUUAGAGAGAGUGAUUUAAUGAGCAGUGGCAGGUGUUGCCAGGUUGAGUCGCUCUUCCAGGCCUGGUGUGUGUGGUGGUGGUGGUGGUUCUUGCCUGCCUGUCUGCCUGUCUGGUGUGUUGUGGCCUGCAGUGGUACCAUGCCAGGUAUAGGAGCAUAGAGGCAUGGCAGUGGCUGACUGAUGUCUCUCCUCUUCUGCCCUGACAGUAAUCAGGGCAGGCCCCCUUGACAAUGCCUACCGGCUGAAACAGUUCCACUUCCACUGGGGCGGGAAGGGCAGCCACGGCUCCGAGCACACCGUCGGAGGGAAGACCUACGCUUCAGAGGUGAGCGUUUUCCCCCUAAUCACACAGAGGGAGCCUAGGUAACCCCAUCUUCCCCGAUAUACAUCUGCAUCUAUAUUAGCCCAAGAAGUAGUUUUCCCUUCUCUGGUUCGGUUGACCUCUAUACUGGGUAACUGGUUUGUUUAGUACCCGAGACAAAGAGGCUGUGUUUCCCUGAAUGUGGGUGCUUGGCUCAAGCUUGUCCCUAACCCUGCUGCCCCUCCUCCCUGUUUCCUCCUGCAGCUUCAUCUGGUGCACUGGAACGCAGACAAGUACAAAACAUUUGGGGAGGCAGCGGCAGCCCCCGAUGGCCUGGCUGUCCUUGGCAUCUUUUUAGAGGUGAGAUGAUCUCUCCCGGGGUACCCCCGCUUCCCACCUUCCCCCCCCCUGCACCAGCCAGCAGCUGUUAAUCUGUCAGCCAAUAAAUUGCUUUGGAAUUGAAUCUCUUUCUGCUUCACCAGGGCUGUUUUAACAGGCAUUAGACUGAAGACCAGCAAUCACUGAAGGAACAAUGUAAAAACAUGUUAUGAUAUUAUGUCUGAACAGAGAUGACAAAAACAUUUCACACGUAUUUGUGUUGAAAAUUGUUCAAUCAUACUAGUACCGUGUGGAAAAUAUGUGGCACAUGCUUUUAUAUACAAUGUAUUUAUAUAAUAUAAAGUAUAUAAUUUAUGUGUUUAUGAAAUAUAUCUUAUUGAUAACACAUUGAUGUAUACACUGACUGUACAAAACAUUAAGAACACCUGAGUAUGCAUACAGUACAUGAUGGUCAAAAAAACAUUUCAAUAUAUCAUUGUGGCAAUGUCUGUAUAAUCUACUGUAUAUAUUUAGAAUGUUAAUGGAAAGCAUACUAUUUUCUCAGAUAUGACAAUCUGGUUGGGCUAAUGUUUGAAUGUUGAGAUAAAAAGGGAACGUGUUUUGUUUACAGAUCGGAGAUGAACACAGAGGUUUACACAAGAUAACAGAUGCUUUAUACAUGGUGAGGUUUAAGGUAAGUCCCACAUAAUGUAAAAGAAUGAUUCACCUGAUGAGUUACUUGAAUGAUUCAACAGGGCAUUUAAAAUGUUUUAUAAUGUUGAUACUUUGAUAAAAGACUCAUCUUUAGUGUAGCAUAAUCAAUAUUUCUCAUGCUAUUCUUUGUUCUAUUUGCACCCAGGGAAGCGUUGCAGAUUUCAAAGGUUUCAAUCCCAAGUGCCUCCUACCUAACAGCCUACACUUCUGGACCUACCCGGGUUCACUGACCACGCCACCUCUUCACGAGAGUGUCACCUGGAUCGUUCUGAAGGAGCCAAUCAUAGUCUCAGAGAAACAGGUGGGAGCCCUCACCAUCUGGUAGGGGUGAAUCAGUACCACCUGGGCCUAACCAAUAUGGAGAUAUCUCUGCCUAUGGAAAUGUGGGGUCUCUGCUUCGGGAAACCACAGUGAACCACUGCUUUUGUCGUGAUGUAAAUUAUAAACCAUUUGAAUGACAGUUCUCUGCCCUGGUGGUGGGUGUUCUGCCCUUCCUCUGCCCUUCCUCCAUCAACACCAGAGAAAAGUUCAAGAAAGAAAAAGGCACUGAGAUUUUUACACUGAUUCAUGUUGAAGUGUGGGAGUUUCUGAAGGUAUUCUUCUGAACCACUGAAAUUGAUAAGUAAAACUAUGUCAAGGUUCACUUUGUGAUGGCUCACUUGCAACACUAUGUCUGCGUUUACACAGGCAGCCCAAUUGUGAUCUUUUUUUCCACUAAUUGGUCUUUUGACCAAUCACAUCAGAUAUUUUCAGAUCAGCUCUGAAAAAGAUCUGAUGUGAAAAGAUCUGAUACCUCAAAAGACCAAUUAGUGAAAAAAAUAUCAGAAUUGGGCUGCCUGCGUAAAUUCAGCCUAUCUGUUUUACAAUAGACCAAUUCAGUUCUCUCCUCUUUUCAUUGUGAAUGGUUAAUGAUUUGAAACAUCAAUAUAGUUGCUUAUCAAUAUGAAGGCUUUAUGACCAUCAGUGAGUGAGCUGGGUUUGUCCUUGAGCCGUCUUUGAUGUUACUGCGGCUGGGCUUUGAUUGGAGGAUGCCAGGGUAGUGGGCUCAGGCGUGGUUGUGAGUGGAUUACUGCAUGUGUGGCUUGGAUGCCAUGCAGUCCCUCUGUGUGUGUGUGUGUGUGUGUGUGUGUGUGUGUGUGUGUGUGUGUGUGUGUGUGUGUGUGUGUGUGUGUGUGUGUGUGUGUGUGUGUGUGUGUGUGUGUGUGUGUGUGUGUGUGUGUGUGUGUGUGUGUGUGUGUGUGUGGAGGGCUGCAGCAGUGGCCUGCUGUAAUCCUAGUGGGAACCCUAGAUGUGAAAGACCUCUUUGUGGAUCCAGGUGCCACAAGUCACAGCUUAAGCUCCAUUCAAACAGUGGGCAUUACCCCCAAGCUCGUGACAGUCACGCACACACCGAGAUUCUUUACUAUGUAGCUGUGCAGUGCAGUGAGGGAAAAAAGUAUUUGAUCCCCUGCUGAUUUUGUACGUUUGCCCACUGACAAAGACAUGAUCAGUCUAUAAUUUUAAUGGUAGGUUUAUUUGAACAGUGAGAGACAGAAUAACAACAAAAAAAUCCAGAAAAACGCAUGUCAAAAAUUUUAUAAAUUGAUCUGCAUUUAAUGAGAGAAAUAAGUAUUUGACCCCUCUGCAAAACAUGACUUAGUACAUGGUGGCAAAACCCUUGUUGGCAAUCACAGAGGUCAGACGUUUCUUGUAGUUGGCCACCAGGUUUGCACACAUCUCAGGAGGGAUUUUGUCCCACUCCUCUUUGCAGAUCUUCUCCAAGUCAUUAAGGUUUCGAGGCUGACGUUUGGCAACUCGAACAUUCAGCUCCCUCCACAGAUUUUCUAUGGGAUUAAGGUCUGGAGACUGGCUAGGCCACUCCAGGACCUUAAUGUGCUUCUUCUUGAGCCACUCCUUUGUUGCUUUGGCCAUGUGUUUUGGGUCAUUGUCAUGCUGGAAUACCCAUCCACGACCCAUUUUCAAUGCCCUGGCUGAGGGAAGGAGGUUCUCACCCAAGAUUUGACGGUACAUGGCCCCGUCCAUCGUCCCUUUGAUGCGGUGAAGUUGUCCUGUCCCCUUAGCAGAAAAACACCCCCAAAGCAUAAUGUUUCCACCUCCAUGUUUGACGGUGGGGAUGGUGUUCUUGGGGUCAUAGGCAGCAUUCCUCCUCCUCCAAACACGGCGAGUUGAGUUGAUACCAAAGAGCUCGAUUUUGGUCUCAUCUGACCACAACACUUUCACCCAGUUCUCCUCUGAAUCAUUCAGAUGUUCAUUGGCAAACUUCAGACGGCCCUGUAUAUGUGCUUUCUUGAGCAGGGGGACCUUGCGGGCGCUGAAGGAUUUCAGUCCUUCACGGCGUAGUGUGUUACCAAUUAUUUUCUUAGUUACUAUGGUCCCAGCUGCCUUGAGAUCAUUGACAAGAUCCUCCCGUGUAGUUCUGGGCUGAUUCCUCACCGUUCUCAUGAUCAUUGCAACUCCACGACGUGAGAUCUUGCAUGGAGCCCCAGGCCGAGGGAGAUUGACAGUUCUUUUGUGUUUCUUCCAUUUGCGAAUAAUCGCACCAACUGUUGUCACCUUCUCACCAAGCUGCUUGACGAUGGUCUUGUAGCCCAUUCCAGCCUUGUGUAGGUCUACAAUCUUGUCCCUGACAUCCUUGGAGAGCUCUUUGGUCUUGGCCAUGGUGGAGUGUUUGGAAUCUGAUUGAUUGAUUGAUUGCUUUUGUGGACAGGUGUCUUUUAUACAGGUAACAAACUGAGAUUAGGAGCACUCCCUUUAAGAGUGUGCUCCUAAUCUCAGCUCGUUACCUGUAUAAAAGACACCUGGGAGCCAGAAAUCUUUCUGAUUGAGAGGGGGUCAAAUACUUAUUUCCCUCAUUAAAAUGCAAAUCAAUGUAUAACAUUUUUGACAUGCGUUUUUCUGGAUUUUUUUGUUGGUAUUCUGUCUCUCACUGUUCAAAUAAACCUACCAUUAAAAUUAUAGACUGAUCAUUUCUUUGUCAGUGGGCAAACGUACAAAAUCAGCAGGGGAUCAAAUACUUUUUUCCCUCACUGUAUUCUCUGAAUUACUGUAGACUCCCUUGCAGGUGCUCAUAUAGCUUGAAAGGAGAGUGAGUCUAUCUACUCUAAUGGUGUAAUUGGCUAAUAGACCAUCUAAUUUAAUUAAUUUAAAAUAUUUACUGUAUGCUUAGUAGUUCUAAUUAAUUCAAAGCACAUGCUUCUAUAGCUAAAUGGCUAAUUGAAGACCCAUUUAUUAACCCAGAGAUUGUCUCGUCUUCUUUUUUUGGAGUUGUUUUAUUAACAUGAAUCAUCAAGAAAGUAGGCUACAGCCUUAGGACAAUAAGUGAAUACUGUGUCAGGGAUCUGGUGUUAUGGAUGUGGAGCAGUAGACUGUUUGAUGAAGUCGGGGUGCAUACCCAGCUCUGCUCCAUUAUGACCGGCUGUUUACCAGGGAGGUGACUGCAUGCCUUCCAGGUCCCCUCCUGGGCUGGCCCUGUUUUGUGUUCUUAGCCUUUUUGCAAGGGCACUGGGAAACGUAAUUAAAGUCAGCUUUGGCCCAUCGGCAUGCUGUCUGCAUACCUCUGUUCCUGGCCUGGCUGAUUGGGCUGGCCCUGGGAGCACAGACCUGAUCCCUCCCUGCUCCCUCGCUGCUCUUGGUGUAGGACUCCAGGGCACAAUCCUUUGAUCCCUGGGAGCUGGUUAACAUGAUGGAUGGAAGUGUUUUGGCCUUUUUAAUUGUGAAAUUCUUUGGGGAUACUCAGCAGGGAAAAGCCCUUCUUACAUAAGAGGGUAUUAUGAUGUUUUCCACCCUCAGACACUGCAGCCAGGGACUAUAAGGUGUUUCUUUCUGUCUACAAACAUCUCUCCACAGAUGGGAAAGUUCAGGAUGCUGCUCUUCAGCGGAGAGGAGGAAGAGAGCAGGAAACGCAUGGAGAACAACUUCCGACCCCCUCAACCCUUGAAAGGCAGGAAGGUGCUAGCAUCCUUUGACUGACAUGACUGUAAAUGACCUCCAGGUGGCAUAGACAAAGUGUGGUCUAUUAUAUGCGAGAGUGAAUGUCUGAAUAGCGUUUAUUCUCAACCUUGAAUAUCCUGGCCUGAGUUUUACUACUGAUGAUGAAUAGAGAACAAGGGGUAUGAAACGGCACAUCUCCCUCUACUGGUCAAUUACCUUCAACAGCACUUUAAUUGAAUGUCAGAUGCCAAUAUCAACAUUUGAAUCAGUCAUAAUGACUAUGUGCCCUCUGCACAGCUCUAUAUUUUGAAACAUAAAUUAGUAGUGAUCUGUAAAAAUUUUAUGAAGUGAAAGAUAUUGCUCACAUAGCCAUCCAGACAUUACCUUGACAGAAUACAGCGUAAUGUAUGUAACUCUGUAGCUAAUACAUUUUUUUAUCUGAUUGUACCUUUUCAAGCAAAAGUCAACGUGGCCUCAAAUGGGAGUAGUGAAAAGCAUUUAAGUCAAUGAACAGUCACACUCACACACACACAAACACACACA